UAAGCCUCGAGUGCGGCGAGUUCUACAGCGUCCACCACCACCACCUGCACCAUGCCAGUGAGUCUGCGGACAAUGAACAGCAUCAUGAGGACUCCAUCCUCGAGACUCGAAUCGUCAACGGCGAGCUGGCCUCACUGGGCGAAUUUCCCUGGCAAAUUUCCAUGCAGCGACGAGUCAGACCAAAGGUGGCCGCCGCCGCUGGUUCGGGUUCGGCUAAUAAGACAGCUUCGCCACCAGCGGCAGCUCUCCCUGGAAUCGCCUCCACCAAACCGGAAACGCCGUCAUCCUCACCACCGCCUCCACCAGCACUGCCAUCACAGCCUCCAGUCCCGCAGGAUCCCGUAGAGAAAGUACAAAACACUAGCAGCGCCAGCAGCAGCUCAAACGAAGCCAACCUCAUCACCGAGGAUGAGAUCCUCGACGAGAGCCUCUGGGGCAGCCUCGACUGGCGCAACCUCGACCAGAGCCAGCGCUCCUCUGCGCAGGUCAUCUCCGUGGACCGCAUCGUCGUCCACCCGGGCUGGAGCCAGGCCAGUGGCCAGAACGACGUCGCCCUGCUGCACCUGCAGACGCCGCUGGAGUUCACGCGAGACGCCGACAACGCCAAGGUGGUCACCGUCAACAAGGUCUGCCUGUCGCGCUCGGCAGAGGGCGAGCACUCGGGCAUGGCCACCAGCAGCGGCUGGGGCUUCCUCCACAAGGACCAGCGCGUGUCGCCCGAUCUGAUGCGUCGCGUGGACAUUCCCGUGGUGGACCACGCCACCUGCCGCUCCGCCUUCAGUCGCGUCAUUGGCGUCACGCAGAUGCAGGUCUGCGCCGGCCAGGCGCCCAAGGGCAACUGCAUGGGCGACAGCGGCGGGCCGCUGGUGCAGAAGUCGAGCAAGGGAGGCAGCGGCCGGGCCACGCAGAUCGGCAUCGUCUCCUUCUCCAUUCCCUGCGCCGUGCCGGGCUACCCGGACGUCUUCACCCGCGUGGCCAAGUACCUGGACUGGAUUUCGCAGAACAGCGGUAUUCCCUUUUAG